AUGACGGAUGAAGAAGAUUUUGAACCAGAAAGUAUCAUUGUUUGUCAGACUGAUCGUGGUACACGUACAUUCAUAUUGUCAGCACCAAAACAUUGUCAUGAUCUUAACCAGAGAGAAAUACCGGAUGCAGACAUACAUCUACAGAGAUCUAGAAAUAUGGAGGACAUUAAAAAUGUGAUAGCAUUUAACAAUGCAAGGUGUGCAAAGCAAAAAGAAGAUUCAACGAUGGAGGAGUUCAAGAAAGAUGGCGAUCCCUGUGUUAUGGAUUGGAUGAAAAAAAUUCAGGAGAAUGAUUUCAAGGGAAAGUCAAAACGGAGUAUCACUAUUAAGGAUGAAAAGUCAGAUUUGAAAGAAGAGUAUAGUUUGGUGGAGAAAUCUGAUGGGGCUGAAAAAGAAACAUCGGAGGAAAAAGUUUUUCCUGUGGAAAAGAAUGAAAAAGAUAUUUCUAAGCUGAAAGACAUGUUCAAAAAUAACAAAAGUCUGGACAAGAAAUUGAACAAGAAAUGGAAUGAUCAACAGAUGUAUGGCCGGGGACAAAAGUCAAAUGAUGUUGUAAAACAGAGUCAAGAUAACAGAUAUGCAUCAUCUGAAGGUGUCCAUGGGGAAAUGAGAGUAGAAGAUGAAACACCUGUUAAAGAGCUUGUGUUUGUUGCUGUGGAAAAUGAGCACACUUUUGAAAGUUUGCAGUCCAACGCCUCCAUUUGUUUGAUGACCAGGACGGAUGAACUGGAUGAGAAUCAGAAGAAGAAUGAUCCAGACAAAGAUGAUGAUGAAGCAGAGAAAACAGAUCAAGUUAAACCAGAGGAGUGGAAUGUUGCUGAUGUGGAGUUUCCUCUUAAUUUGGAAAGUCUAGAAUAUGAGAGUCUAAAUGAUAAACGACUACGUAUUGACAGUCUGAAUGAAGAUAACCAUGUACCUUCCAUAAACAUCAGCAGAAAUUCUACUACAAGCCCAGGUUCUGAUGAUUUUCUUACCUUGUCUGAACUGUUGAACGGUGAUGAAGACAAAGACACAGACUGUUCAAUUGUCAAUUUGGACAAAAAUGGCAAAAAGGUUCUCAGUUCUUCAAGUUUAGAUACCUCCUGGUCUUCAGCAUUGAUGGAAAUGAAUGGCAAAAUAGAAGAAGAUUUUGACCAGAGGAUUAGCCUGGACAAAAACAGCUUGCAGUCUGGUGAUUUGGAAAAUGCAGAUACCAGUUGUGAUGAUGAUGUUGAAAAAGAGCAGCUUGUCAAACUAUACCAGGAAGGAAAGGAGGUUUCUGGUGAAAUUGAUGACAUAGAAAAUGGUAGUGAUUGUACAGAAGACAGGCUUAAUGCUGACCUUGAGGUAUUAACACAGAAGAAAUCGACACUGUUGAGUAUAUGUAGACGAGAACUGAAUGACAUUAAAAACCUUUGUCUGAUGAUGACCAACAGCAUUCUGCCUAAAUGUACUGAAGAAAUGGACACAACUACUGAAGUUUCUUUACUGAAGGGAGACAACUCAUUCAGCAGUCUGGAGGAAAAACAGUUUUUUGAAGUCAAAGAACUGGAGGAGCUGACUGGUGGUUCACAGAAUGAAAAGGAACAACUGGACAUUUUUGUGGCUGAUUUGUCUGCUCGACAAUGCAAAGUUUAUCAAGGGCUUUCAAUGCAGUUAAGAACAGAAAAGAAGCUCAAGAAGAAGUUAAAACAGCUAGAGGCUAUGUUUCUAGAGGAGUGCAGCACUACUCUAGUUACACCAGGAAAACCUACCAUUGAGGCUGUUUUUACAAGAUUGGAAACCAAAGACAAGGUUACCAGUAUGCCAUGGAAUGAGAACUUUCCUUUGAAAAAAGAAAAAUGGAUGUCAGGUCUGCUGAGAGCUAAACAUUACUCUCAACUUCCAUUUAGUGGAAGCCAGACCUUCCAAGGUUUAAAAUGCAAGGGAGAUACCUUGAAAAGGCAACCGACAGAUUCUGAAAGCAGUUGUCAAGGGAAUGGAUUUGGAGAAAGUGGGGGUAAUCAGAAAUCCUCAAACGACAGGAAUGGGAACAAAGAAGGGGACAACAAAGAAAAUGCAAGAAAUUUUGAUGAUGAAAAAGACAUGAAUAAACAGGAACAUUCAGCUGAAGGCAACAAGAAUGAAACGCCUACUGCAGAGAAUCCCACGAAUAAUCCAGCUCCAGCGGCCAACUUCAAAUACCGUAAGAAGGAGGAGGAAGAAAGACAAAUGGACACUUAUUUAAAAUUAGUGGAAUUAAAAGAGGACAUACCUCCUGAUAUUAUGAAAGAAAUUGACAAAUGUUUGGUGGCCUGCUUGAAUUCAAGAAAAAUUGGUGGAAGUGAUGUUGUUUCAGAUUGCAGCAUUUGCGCUUUACUGUAUUCCCUCAUCAGUCAUUUUGGCAAUUGCCCGAGUGAUUACAACAACUGUGAUAGGUGCCAGCGCGCAUUUUGCUUGGUUUCCAAACAUCUGCAGUUAUGUAUGGAGUCUAGAAUCAGUGAAAUGGAAGAAGUUUGCACAUUAAAGAUCUGUCAAAAAAUCCAGAACAAAUUCAAGAAGCAACCAGAGAAGAUAUCUCAACGUGGAAAAGAACUUUGGCCAAAAUUGAAGAAAUAUCUAGCACGUUUUUCUCGAGGACCAGAAGAUAUUUCGAUGGAUGAGGGAGAUGAUUUUUUCAGCCUGUCGAGUAUUCCAUUAGGCAGCAUUGGGGGAUUACCAUCACGUGUGUCCAGAAACAGCAUUGUCUUCCAGCAAAACUUAGAAAGCAUUUCGGAAAACACAACGGCUAGACAUCUUACUGGAUCUCGAUCUGAGCCAUUUGCUAGAAAAUCUGAAACUGGUGAAAUACUUCAUUCUAGAACUUUUCGACCUCGCCCAUCAAGGCUGUCCGUUACUGAUGAAAGUAAAUCGCCUUAUCCAGGUCAAUCAAGGUCAGCUCCCUUGGCAAGAAAAACAGAAGGGAAGAUAAUGUACUCACUGGACCCUGAUACACUUCCAAAAUCAGAACGUAGAGUGUCCUUUUCCAAUAACCAGGUAGAGGUUCACACUGUCAGAUAUCCACUAUCACCAGAAGAACCACUUCAAAGCAUUGCGGAGACUGCGCAAUGUGCUUCUUUAAAUACUGAGAAGGUCUAUGGUGGGGAUAGGACAAGUAGUCUCCCUUCAAAUUUUUUUCCACCAAACAAGCUAGAUGAUGAACAGUUGAUAUCAGUCCAAAUGAGACCAUCAGGAUACCCAGGGAUUGGAGAGGUAGUUUAUGCCUUCAAGGAACAGCUUCGUUAUGUUGCCCGGCACUGGAAAAAGAUCAAAGAAAAUUUCGAGAAAGACAAAACAUUGGAGAAGAAACACUUACGAGAGGAAGGUGUUAUACUUACAGAAAACAAGGAUAAGUUUUCCAUUUUUCGGACACGUUACCAGAAGAAUUUCCAGUGGAUCCGUUUGACUCACUUAGGGACUGGAAUGUCAGGCAAAUGUCACUUGGCACAGGACUACUACACAGACUUCAAGUUCUGUAUCAAGAAAAUACACAUUCUCAAGUUUGAUGAACGCGAGCUGGAUAUCUGGAGUGAUCUCUCUCACCCAAAUAUUGUCCAACUUUAUGGGGCUUUACGUCAUGGACACAACAUCUAUAUUGUGGAGGAGUUUAUAGAUGGAGGGUGUCUGACGGAAACUAUCAACCUACAAAAGGAAACUGGACAUCGUCUGAGUCACUGGACUGCAAUGAAUUACCUGGAGCAGAUUCUCACUGUCUUGGUCUACCUUGAGAAACGGUCUAUCAUACAUGAGGAUAUCAAAGCUGAUAAUAUCCUUUUACGAAAGGGUACCACUAAAAUUGUGGUCACGGAUUUUGGAGUAGCACGCCGCUUGGAACAUGCUUUAAGAGAGGUCAGUCCUGUUGGAACUCCAACUAGCUUUAGUCCAGAGAAGGCCAAGGGCCAAGGUCAUGGAGCGAGGUCAGAUGUGUGGGCAGCCAUUUGUGUCCUUAUCCACAUGCUGAGUGGUUGGCCCCCAUGGGUCAGGCGAUAUGGAGGUGUUAGCACACUCAAUUUCAUUAUUGCAGAUAGAGAACCUCCUAUCAAAGAUCUGCCUGGGAAUGUUAGUCGAGAUGUUUACAAGCUGGUUGAGGAUGCUCUUAAGAAGGAUCCGAAGGCACGUCCCUCUGCCAGUCAACUAUUGAAACAUGAGGCCUUUGAUAUUCUGACAGGGGGAUCAGCUCCAGAAACAUUUGUGUCCGUGCUUGAACCUCGACUAAACACAGAUAUCAAAAUCUCCAAUGACGUAGAUCAGGCUGUGAUUGAUGAGGUCAAGGUCCAAUAUCAACCACAGAAUAUGUUGUCCGCAUUUCAGAAUGCCACUGCAGACUCAAAGAAUGAUUCUUCAGGAACAGAGAGCACUUCAACUUUGACUCCAGGCUCAACUGUAUCACACUGUACAGGGGCUUCCAAAGCAUAUUCAUCUUGGACUGGUAAUGAUUGUACAAAGACUACUCAAGGAGCAAGACCCAAAACCACCAGAUUAGACUUAUUGCCACACGGAUCCAUUGGCAGUGCCAAACCCAAACCUAAGUUAGAUUUACCUUCAGGUGGAUUCAGUGGCCUUGGAGGUGGUGAAAUACAGACAUCUAUGGGAAUGGUCACUCCAUGCCAUCCUCCAACUGUCCCUCAGACUACACGUAACUUGCCUCCAAGUUACCACAGUGAUAUAAGUGAAUUUGGCGUGAUGGGACCGCCUGAUCCAGCAAAGUAUAUACAAAUAGAUCAAGAAACGAUUUUUCGAAAGUAUAUCAAUGAUGAUGGAGGAACAGGAGAAAAUUUGUUUCAGAAAUACAAGACCAUUCUUGAGUUGUAUGAACCAGAUCCAGAGAGCAAUUCCGAUUCGGGUGAAGAUAUCAAUGACACACUCCAGAAGUUAGACAGAGGUUUUACCAAUAUACCAGAUUUUCAGAAGCUGCUUGGAACUGCAGUGGAUAAUGAUUAUCAGCAAGAACGAGCAUCUAUGCCUGACAUUGUACACCAGAUGGUAGUUGAUGCCCUGAAAUAUAAUAUGAAAGAUGCUUCAGGGGAGAUAAUUAACAGGAAUGCUAAUGGAGCACUACCAAUCAGCUAUGAUAGAUCUGCAGAAGAAGGACAGGAGGAACAAGAGGAGGAGGUUACUCACUCUAAAGAAAUGCCUAACUUUGGGUCUUUGCUCAGUGAAAGACAGGACACCAACUCUAACAAUGAAAAUUUACCAUUCUUACCAACUGUUUUGAAUUCUCUAGAUGACCAGCCGACACUGACUGACCACAAGUCUUCUGCGAGUGAGAAUUCCAUACAGGAAGGUAGUGAAUCCGGUGAGGAUCUAAGAACACAGAAUGUCUCAAGUUCCACAGAAGAUGUCCAAAGUUCUGGAAAAGAGGAAAGUUUAAAUAGAAUUCAAUCAGAUCCAUCCAACAGUUUGCAAGAAUUGGAUCCAAAUGAUUCAUCAUAUCAGAAUCCUAUGCCAGAUGCUAGGUGUAUCAUACCAGAUUUUGACAACCUUAUGAGUUCAUCGCCUUUUAUAGAAGAAGAGAAUAUUCCCAUUGAGGACUUGUUUGGCUCUGGAGAUGAAGAGACUGUUAAAGUUCCCACAAUCAUCAAAUUUAUCAAUGAUGUGACUUCAACAGGGCCAGUUAAAAAAUAUACUGAGCAGUUGUUGGUCAUCACUGACAAAUCUACUGGUGCUAUCACCAAGACAAAAACAACACCACUGCAGCCAGUUACUGUGGAAAAAGGAAGAGUUCCAGUGGAAUCGAAUGAGCUAAGUCUGUCCCCUACCAAGUCUCCGUCACCAGUCUCACCAAGGAUUUCAACACCCCUUGGCUCUCCCCCAUUCAUUAAGCAUAACAAGAAACAGCUGCAUCUGAAUCUGAGCCCCAGCAAGAGGAAGACUGACCGUCAGACUUCAGAACCCCAACAGCACUCAAGCCAGUACAAGUCUCCGAACCCAAGGGAAGUCAAGCCUUAUUUCACUCCCCAACAACAGAUAACAUCACCACCUUCCUGGAGAACUGGUAACACACCUCCAAAAAGUGGAGGAACUUCUUCUGCUGGAAAAUCAGACUCAAAGUUGGAACAACAAAACAAGGAAAAUGAGAACAAGAUUGCGGAAUAUUUUGAAGAGAUAUCACGCCACAGUGAGAAUUCAAAGUCACAGAUUGAUGAACUGGAUGAUAUGUCUGACCCGGAUAAUGAGGACAUCUCCAUAGCUAACGAUGACGAGGAGGAGUACAUGGCCUCAUUGAAGAAGAUCCAGAUGGAAUAUGUAUCACCAGAAAUCAAAAAGUCUGAUAGCCAAGGAGCACUGGUUCGUGUGAUUACCUCAGAAAAAGAACUCUUCCACAUCAAACUUCAAGGAGAACAUAUUCUGAACUCCUGGGAAGUUAUAAUUGAUAAAGAACUGUCAGAUAAGCUGACUGCAGAGAAUAUCUCCAAUUUCAUCUUGGUGGACACGAACGGCGAACCCCUAGAUUUAACAGAGAACCCCUGCCGUGGUGAACAGACCGUCUAUGUGAGGGAGCCAGAUAACAACAGUCCCUGGAGUUGUCGAGACACUGUCAUUCAUAAAGCAUCUUUCUUCUGAUUGUGGUGGACUUGAAUAUUUACUAUUCGCCAAGACGGUUUUCCCCAGCUGUAAGGUUUUGUGUCACAUGACCAAAACUGGAAGGGUUUCUUCCAGUUUCACUUUUUGUGUUUCCAUCAGAAGAAAUAAGAGUGACUGAGAUAAAAUGACAGUAAAAUAAGUUUAUUCUUGUUUGAUCAUGUCUGGUCAUUUUACUACAAAAAGUUGCUGUCUUCAAAUUGAUUUAAGAUCUGGAGAUUUUCGUAGAACCAAUUAACCCAAUAGACCAUUUGUCUGUGUAUGUACCAGCCACCUGUCUGAAUCUACCACCUUUUUAUAUCUACCACAUGUCUAUGUAUACCACCUGUCUACUUCCACCAUAUAUCUUAAUCCACCAUGUUUAUAUCAACCUCUUGUAUGUAUCAGCCACCAUUCUAAAUCUACCAUAUGUCUAUAUCUACUACCAUAUUUUCCGGGUAAUAAGCUGCAUUUGUAUAUAAGCCACAGAGCUGAUUUUUAACAUUUUUUCCAAAUUGAUCAACAUAUUAAUUGCACUGGAAUAUAAGCUGCUCCCUUUCUUACAAAGUAGUGACUGUCACAUUGACCAAAGUUUGUUGAUAUAACAGACAGCAGAGGGCAAUUUAUCAAGCUUGUUGGUGAAAGAUUUACCGUAAUAAAGCUUGCAAAUGAAUUAUAUACAGAUAAUCAUUUAUCUUAUUGAUGUGUUUAAAAAAACGCAAAAUAGCAAAUAUGGAACUCAUUUUCAAGCUUGGAUGCCUUCACAGAUUGUCUACACACAGAUACAGGGCCUGAUGUAAUGUACAUUUUACUAAACAAUUUCUCCAUUGGUCAGUGUCUGUACUGCUAAAUGUUGAUGAAGGCCGUUGCAUGCUGACCAAAUUCUUAAUAGUCCCAUAUUAUUUUUUAUUGUAAGUUACACGAUGCUAUUAAUAUUGUAAAAAAGCAUGAUGGUCAAUCUUCAAAUUUUCCUGUAUAAGACUGAAAAUGAUAGGUCUAGAUGAUCUGUUUCAGUCACAAUCAUGUGACGGGCAGGUACAGUACAGUCUUGUACUGGGGUUCUGGUACCCUUCCUUCCUUCCAUUUUUUUUUUUUAAUCCUGCCCAUUUCUUUUGUCCACAUAUAAACCACACUGGUGUAUAAGCCGAAAAGGCCGACUCCCGGGGAAAAAAAGUGUGGCUUAUAAUCCAGAAAAUAUGGUUUUAUCAACCACCUGUCUAUAUCUACCACAUGUCGAUAUCUACCUUCCGUCCCCUAAAAAAAUUUCACAGUAGACUGAUAGUUUCAUCUUUAUCUGUAUUUGAUUUUCUGUUUCAUGUUUUACUGCUGUACAGAAAACAUUUUCAUUGAUACAAAUGAAAUAUGCACUUGAUGUCAGUUUUUAGCUGCUGAAUAUCAUUGCCAUCUGUGAUAGCUUUUGAUGUGUCCAUAGAAAUUAACACUUUCUUUUAAAUGGGGCCUUGUUCUUGAUCUUAUCAAGUUUUACAAAGUGUUGAAAUAGCAAUAUAUUGGUAUAGUGGUCUGAUAAGCACUUUAUAAUCUCUUAGUAAUCAAAUUUUGGUAUUCUUACGUAUUAACUAUUUUGAAAGGUUGAUUUUGGUAUGCUCUGGUAAUUAUUGAUAUAGAUAACAAUGAAUUUUAAUUACAUUGUUGAGAAAAAAGAUAAACACAGUUUGUAUAACACUUGUAUCAGUUAUCAGCUUUUGGCUGUCACGUUUUCCAUGUUAGCUUAACCUCAUCAUAUUCUUAUCUAAUUAGCUAAUGGUUGCCACGAUUUUCCAUCCAUGGCUUUAGAUUGUAACAAGUUACCCUCAUCAGCUUUAGGUUGUCACAAUUUUCCCUCAUUGACUUUAGAUUGUAACAAGUUACCCUCAUCAGCUUUAGAUUGUAACAAGUUACCCUCAUCAGCUUUAGAUUGUAACAAGUUACCCUCAUUGACGUUAGAUUGUAACAAGUUACCCUCAUUGACGUUAGAUUGUAACAAGUUACCCUCAUCAGCUUUAGAUUGUAACAAGUUACCCUCAUUGACUUUAGAUUGUAACAAGUUACCCUCAUCAGCUUUAGAUUGUAACAAGUUACCCUCAUCAGCUUUAGGUGGUCACAAUUUUUCCUCAUUGACUUUAGAUUGUAACAAGUUACCCUCAUCAGCUUUAGAUUGUCACAAUUUUCCUUCAUUGACUUUAGAUUGUAACAAGUUACCCUCAUUGACGUUAGAUUGUAACAAGUUACCCUCAUCAGCUUUAGGUUGUCAUAGUUUUCCCUCAUUGACUUUAGAUUGUAAAAAGUUACCCUCAUCAGCUUUAGGUUGUCACAAUUUUCCCUCAUUGACUUUAGAUUGUAACAAGUUACCCUCAUUGACUUUAGAUUGUAACAAGUU